AUGCUGCUCAGGUUCAAGCCAGACAAAUGGAGCAAACUGGUUGGGGCCGAGGAGAACUUGGCCUUGUUCAUGGAGUUCUUCGACAAGCAGGACAUCCCGCUGCUGCUGCUGACGCUCAACCCCGCCGGCAUCAUCAUACCCAGCCUGGGCUUCCCGGAGACGCUCAAGUCCAAAGGCGUCUACUUCCUCAAGACGUCCCGGGAGAACAUCAACAAGGAAAACUACAAGACCAACCUCCUGUACGGCGACCUCAGCCCGGCGCCCGUGGAGCAGCUGAUCGCCGUGGUGGAGGAGAUCCUCUACGCUCUGCUAAACCAGAAAGAGAACAUGGAGGGCUGGCCCCAGGUGGUCUCGGAGGACAUCAUCAAGCAGGUCCACAAGCUAAAGAAUGAGAUGUUUGUGAUGGGGGGGAAGAUCAAGGGGAAAACCCUGCUGCCCACCCCGGAGCACCUGGGGAGCCUGGAUGGCACGCUGGAGUCCAUGGAGAGGAUCCCUUCGUCCCUGGACAAUUCUCUUCUGCACGCCAUCGAGACCAUCAUCAUUGACUGGUCGCACCAGAUCCGAGACGUCAUGAGCAAGGAUUCGGCCCAGGCCCUGCUGGAUGGGCUGCACCCUCUGCCCCGGGUGGAGUUUGACUUCUGGGACGCCCGCCUGAUGAACCUGCAGUGUAUCCACGAGCAGCUAAACAGACCCAAAGUGAACAAGAUCGUUGAGAUCCUGGAAAAAGCCAAAAGCUGCUACUGGCCGGCCCUGCAGAGCGUGUACAUGAGCGUCACGGAAGGGCUGAAGGAAGCCAACGACAUUGUUCUCUACCUGAAGCCCCUCCGCAUCUCGCUAGAGGAGAUGGAGCAGGCCGACUUCACCGUGCUCCCGACCUACAUUGCCAAGGUGCUGAACACCAUCUGCUUCAUCUGGGCCACCUCGGCAUACUACAACACACCCUCGAGAGUCAUCGUCAUCCUGCAGGAGUUCUGCAACCAGCUCAUCGAGAUGACGCGCAGCUUCCUGAGCCCAGACGAGGUGCUAAAAGGCCUGCAGGGGGAGAUAGAGGAGAUCCUGAACGGCAUCUCCCUGUCCGUGAAUGUCCUGAAGGAGCUCUUCCGCAUCUAUGACUUCUGCUGCGCCAACAUGAAGCUCUUCUUCAAGAACAAACCUCCUGUGCCAUGGGAGUUCCCUUCUUCCCUCGCGUUUUCCAGAAUGAAUUCCUUCUUCCACCGCGUCCAGACCAUUGAGGAACUUUAUAAAACUGCCAUUGAGUUUCUGAAGCUGGAGAAGAUCGAACUGGGUGGUGUUCGGGGCAACAUCCUGGGAAACAUGGUGACCCAGAUUUAUGACGAGGUCUUUGAGCUGGUGAAGGUUUUUGCUGAGUGCAAAUACGAUCCCCUGGAUCCCGGAGACUCGAGUUUUGACAAUGAUUACGCCGAUUUUGAGACCAAGAUUCAAGAUCUGGAUAGGAGGCUGGCCACAAUCUUCUGCCAAGCCUUUGAUGACUGCAACUCCAUCGAAUCUUCUGCCAAGCUCCUGUACAUGUGCGGUGGCCUCCUGGAGCGGCCCCUGAUCCUCGUCGAGGUGGUCCCCAGGUACUCCACCAUGCUGGAGAUGUUUGACGGGGAGCUGGACAACGCCAAGCUCCUCUAUGACGCCCAGAUGGCCGCGUCGGCCAACAACAAGAUCCCCCCCAUCCACAAAAACAUGCCUCCCGUGGCCGGGCAGCUCAAAUGGAGCCUGGAGCUGCAGGAGAGGCUGGAGGUGUCCAUGAAACACCUGAAGCACAUUGAGCAUCCGGUCAUGUCCAGUGUGGAGGCCAAGCUGACCUACAAGAAGUACGAGGAGAUGAUGGAGCUACUGCGUAACUACCGAGAGAAGACCUACCAGCGGUGGGUGCAGGGGGUGGACCAGGACUGCCACUUCAACCUGGGCCAGCCGCUGAUACAGCGCGACGCCGCCACGGACCUCAUCCAAGUCAACUUCAGCAAGGCGUUGGUGGCAGUCCUGAGGGAAGUCAAGUACUUGAACUUCCAGCAGCAGAAAGACAUUCCGGUUAGCGCCGAGAGUCUGUUUGCAGACAACGAGACCUUCCGGAAGUUCGUGGGCAACCUGGAGCUCAUUGUGGGCUGGUAUAACGAGAUCAAGACUACGGUGAUGAGUGUGGAGUUUCCACUGAUCAAGUCAGAACUGGAAGAAAUUGAUGUGAAAUUGUCAAGUGCCGAAACCACCCUGUUCUGGAAUGGUGAAGGUGUGUUCCAGUAUAUUCAAGAGAUGCGGGAAAUUCUACACAACUUGGAGACCAGGAUGCAAAGGGCCAAGCAGAAUGUAGAAGGAAUCAUCCAGGCCAUGAGGGACUGGUCAGCCAACCCCCUGUUUGAAAGAAAGGACAACAAGGAGGCGGCCCUGCUGGACUUGGAUGGAAGGGUCGUCAACCUCAACAAGCGCUACACGGCCGUCAAAGAGGCGGGCAUCAAGAUCCAAGCCAUGCUUGCGGAGAACUUGGAGCUGUUCAAAGCAGACGCCACAAGCCAGUCCUGGAAGGACUACGUCAGCUACGUCGACAACCUGGUCUUAGAUGAGUUUGACCAUUUCAUCCGCAAAUCUCUAAACUACCUAACGGACAACAUGGUGAUGGAUGAAGAUAUCGCCCCGCUGUUUGAGGUCCGCAUGGAGCUGGACGAGGAGGGGCUGACCUUCAACCCCUCGCUGGAGAUGGGCCUGGACGAGGGCUUCCUGUCGCUGAUCGAGGGCCUGGUCAACGACAUCUACAAUGUGGCCAGGCUCAUUCCCCGCCUGGCCAAGGGCAGGAUAAGCUACAAGUCAGAGCUGGAGGACAUGACGGACCUCAUGGAGAUUCGGGAGGAGCUGUCCAACUUGGUGAUCACCGCCAUGAAGGAGGCGGAGGACUACCAGGACUCGUUCGAGCGGUAUUCCUACCUGUGGAUGGACGACCCCCAGGAGUUCAUGCGCAACUUUCUGAUCUUCGGGCACGCGCCCACCCUGGAGGAGCUGGAGAUGCGGCCAGAGAACCUGCCCAAGACGCCGCCCACCCUGGACCAGUUCCAGCUGCAGAUCGACUCCUACGAGAAGCUGUACGAGGAGGUGUCUAAGUGCGAGAACACCAAGGUGUUCAAUGGCUGGCUGCAGUGCGACUGCCGCCCCUUCAAACAGGCCCUGCUCAACACCAUCAAGCGCUGGAGCCUCAUGCUCAAGCGCCACCUGAGCAACCACGUCAUCAACAGUCUCUCAGACCUGGAAGCCUUCAUGAAGGUCACCCGCUUGGGCCUGACCAAGCAGCUGAAGGAAGGGGACUACGACGGCCUCGUGGAGGUCAUGGGGCACCUGAUGAAGGUCAAGGAGCGGCAGGUGGCCACCGACAGCAUGUUCGAGCCCCUGAAGCAAACCAUCGAGCUGCUGAAGACUUACGACGAGGAGAUGCCAGAGGAGACCUACUUGAAGCUGCAGGAGCUGCCGGAGCAGUGGACCAACACCAAGAAGCUGGCAAUCCAGGUGAAGCAGAACGUGGCCCCCCUCCAGGCCAACGAGGUGAACAUCCUGAGACGCAAGUGCCAGCACUUUGAGCUCAAGCAGCACGAGUUCAGGGAGAAGUUCAGACAAGAAGCUCCAUUCCUCUUCAGCAGCACCGAGCCCUACAAGUCCCUGAACAAGCAACAGAAGAGCAUCACGGCCAUGGAGGCCAUCAUGGAGGCCCUGUGCAAGUCUGGGAGCCUGUUUGAGGUCACGGUCCCAGACUACAAGCAGCUCAAGGCCUGCCACAAGGAGGUCCGCCUGCUGAAGGAGCUCUGGGACAUGAUCGUCCUGGUCAACACGAGCAUCGACGACUGGAAAACCACCAAGUGGAAGGACAUCAACGUGGAGCAGAUGGACAUAGACUGCAAGAAGUUCGCCAAGGACGUGCGGUCUCUGGACAAGGAGAUGAAGACGUGGGACGCCUUUGUGGGCCUGGACAACACCGUGAAGAACAUGAUCACGUCCCUGCGCGCGGUGAGCGAGCUGCAGAACCCGGCCAUCCGCGACCGCCACUGGCAGCAGCUCAUGCAGGCCACCCAGGUGAAGUUCGAGAUGUCAGAGCAGACCACCCUGGCGGACCUGCUGCAGCUGAACCUGCACAAGUACGAGGACGAGGUCCGCAACAUCGUGGACAAGGCUGUGAAGGAGUCCGGGAUGGAGAAGGUGCUGAAGGCCCUGGACAGCACCUGGACUACCAUGGAGUUUGAGCAUGAGCUGCAUCCAAGAACAGGCACCAUGAUGCUCAAGUCCGACGAGGUGCUGGUGGAGACCCUGGAAGACAACCAGGUGCAGCUACAGAACCUGAUGAUGUCCAAAUACCUGUCCCACUUCCUCAAGGAGGUGACGAGCUGGCAGCAGAAGCUGUCCACCGCAGACUCGGUCAUCUCCAUCUGGUUUGAGGUCCAGAGGACCUGGAGCCACCUGGAGAGCAUCUUCAUUGGCUCCGAAGACAUCCGCUCCCAGCUCCCGGAGGAUUCCCAGCGCUUUGACUCCAUCGACAAGGAAUUCAAGGCCUUGAUGGAAGACGCAGUAAAGACACCCAACGUGGUGGAGGCCACCAACAAACCGGGUCUCUAUGAUACACUGGAAUCCCUGAAGAAGAGCUUGGCCAUGUGCGAAAAGGCUUUGGCGGAAUACUUAGAGACCAAAAGACUGGCUUUCCCACGGUUCUAUUUUGUCUCCUCUGCCGACCUACUGGACAUCCUGUCCAAUGGAAAUGACCCCGUAGAGGUGAGCCGCCACCUGUCCAAGCUCUUUGACAGCCUGUGUAAGCUCAAGUUCCAGCUCGAUGCUGAUGAGAAGCCCCUCAAGUUCGGCGUGGGAAUGUACAGCAAGGAGGACGAGUACGUGGAGUUUGACCAGGACUGCGACCUCUCGGGGCAGGUGGAGGUGUGGCUGAACCGCGUGCUGGACCGCAUGUGUGCCACGCUGCGCCACCUGAUCCCCGAAGCCGUGGUCACCUAUGAGGAGAAGCCCAGGGAGCAGUGGAUCUUCGACUACCCUGCCCAGAUCGCCCUCACCUGCACCCAGAUCUGGUGGACGACCGAGGUGGGCCUGGCGUUCGCACGGCUGGAGGAAGGCUAUGAAAACUCUAUCAAGGACUACAACAAAAAACAGAUCAGCCAGCUGAACGCGCUCAUCACCCUGCUCAUCGGCAACCUGAGUGCGGGCGACAGGAUGAAGAUCAUGACCAUCUGCACCAUCGACGUGCACGCCCGGGACGUGGUGGCCAAGAUGAUCACUGCCAAGGUGGAGAGUUCCCAGGCCUUCACCUGGCAGUCGCAGCUGCGCCACCGCUGGGACGAAGACAAGAGGCACUGCUUCGCCAACAUCUGCGACGCGCAGAUCCAGUACUCGUACGAGUACCUGGGCAACACGCCCCGGCUGGUGAUCACGCCCCUCACAGACAGGUGCUACAUCACGCUGACCCAGUCCCUGCAUCUGAUCAUGGGUGGCGCCCCGGCGGGCCCGGCCGGCACGGGCAAGACGGAGACCACCAAGGACCUGGGCCGGGCGCUGGGCACCAUGGUGUACGUCUUUAACUGCUCAGAGCAGAUGGACUACAAGUCCUGCGGAAACAUCUACAAGGGCCUGGCCCAGACCGGAGCCUGGGGCUGCUUUGAUGAGUUCAACCGCAUCUCCGUGGAAGUCCUGUCUGUGAUUGCUGUCCAGGUAAAAUGUGUCCAAGAUGCCAUUCGGGCCAAGAAAAAGACUUUCAACUUCCUGGGGGAGAUGAUCAGCCUCAUUCCCAGCGUGGGCAUCUUCAUCACUAUGAACCCUGGCUACGCCGGCCGCACGGAGCUGCCGGAGAACCUGAAGGCCCUGUUCAGACCCUGCGCUAUGGUGGUUCCUGACUUCGAGCUCAUCUGUGAGAUCAUGCUGGUGGCCGAGGGCUUCCUGGAGGCCCGCUUGCUGGCCCGGAAGUUCAUCACACUCUACACCUUAUGCAAAGAGCUGCUCUCCAAGCAGGAUCACUAUGACUGGGGCCUGCGGGCCAUCAAGUCGGUACUGGUGGUGGCCGGCUCCCUGAAACGGGGGGACCCCACGCGGGCAGAGGACCAGGUGCUCAUGCGGGCCCUGCGGGACUUCAACAUCCCCAAGAUCGUGACGGAUGACCUGCCCGUGUUCAUGGGGCUGAUCGGGGACCUCUUCCCCGCGCUGGACGUGCCCCGCAAGCGAGACCUGAACUUUGAGAAGAUCAUCAAGCAGAGCAUCGUGGAGCUCAAGCUGCAGGCGGAGGACAGCUUCGUGCUGAAGGUGGUGCAGCUGGAGGAGCUGCUGCAGGUCCGCCACUCCGUGUUCGUCAUCGGAAAUGCCGGCAGCGGCAAGUCCCAGGUGCUCAAGUCCCUGAACAAAACCUAUCAGAACAUGAAGAGGAAGCCGGUGGCCAUCGACCUGGACCCCAAGGCCGUCACCUGCGACGAGCUCUUUGGCAUCAUCAACCCGGCCACCAGGGAAUGGAAAGAUGGCCUCUUCUCCACCAUCAUGCGGGACCUGGCCAACAUCACUCACGACGGGCCCAAGUGGAUCGUGCUGGACGGGGACAUCGACCCCAUGUGGAUCGAGUCCCUCAACACCGUCAUGGAUGACAACAAGGUCCUCACCCUGGCCAGCAACGAGCGGAUCCCGCUGAACCGCACCAUGAGGCUGGUGUUUGAGAUCAGCCACCUGCGGACCGCCACCCCUGCCACCGUCUCCAGAGCCGGCAUCCUCUACAUCAACCCAGCCGAUCUGGGCUGGAACCCGGUGGUGAGCAGCUGGAUCGAGAGACGCAAGGUGCAGUCUGAGAAGGCCAACUUGACCAUCCUGUUCGACAAGUACCUGCCCACGUGCCUGGACAAGCUGCGGUUUGGCUUCAAGCGGAUCACACCCAUCCCUGAGAUCACCAUCACGCAGAUGAUCCUGUACCUGCUGGAGUGCCUCCUCACUGAGAAGAUCGCCCCGCCCGACUCGCCCAAGGAGUUGUAUGAGCUCUACUUCGUGUUUGCCUGCUUCUGGUCCUUUGGGGGCGCCAUGUUCCAGGACCAGCUUAUAGAUUAUCGGGUGGAGUUCAGCAGAUGGUGGAUCAAUGAGUUCAAAACCAUCAAGUUCCCUUCCCAAGGAACCAUCUUUGACUACUACAUUGACCCUGAGACAAAGAAAUUCAUGCCGUGGACAGACAAGGUGCCGGCCUUUGAGCUGGACCCUGACGUCCCGCUGCAGGCCUCCCUGGUCCACACCACAGAAACCAUCCGCAUCCGCUACUUCAUUGACCUGCUCAUGGCCAAGUCCUGGCCCGUGAUGCUGGUAGGGAACGCGGGCACCGGCAAGUCGGUGCUGAUGGGGGACAAGCUGGAGAGCCUGGGCACGGAUGACUACCUGGUGCAGGCGGUGCCCUUCAACUUCUACACCACCUCCGCCAUGCUGCAGGGGGUGCUGGAGAAGCCUCUGGAGAAAAAAUCUGGAAGGAACUAUGGGCCACCAGGCACCAAGAAGCUGAUCUACUUCAUCGACGACAUGAAUAUGCCAGAAGUAGACAAGUACGGCACAGUAGCCCCGCACACGCUCAUUCGACAGCACAUGGACCAUGGGCACUGGUAUGACAGGCAGAAGUUGACGCUGAAGGACGUCCAUAACUGUCAGUACGUGGCUUGCAUGAAUCCCACUGCAGGGUCCUUCACCAUCGACCCCCGACUGCAGCGUCACUUCUGCGUGUUUGCCGUGAGCUUCCCGGGCCAGGAGGCCCUCAGCACCAUCUACAGCACCAUCCUGUCUCAGCACCUGUCUUACCGCUCGGCCUCCCUGGUCGUCCAGAGGAUGAGCAGCCAGCUGGUGGCCUCGGCCCUAGCCUUGCAUCAGAAGGUCGCCACCACGUUCCUCCCCACGGCCAUCAAGUUUCAUUACAUCUUCAACCUCAGGGACCUGUCCAACAUCUUCCAGGGCCUCUUAUUCUCCUUAGGAGAGAUUCUGAAAACCCCACUGGACCUCGUCCGCCUGUGGCUGCAUGAGGCCGAACGGGUGUACGGCGACAAAAUGGUAGACGAGAAAGACCAGGAGACGUUACACCGAGUCACCGUGGCCUCCACCAAGAAGUUCUUUGAUGAUCUCGGAGAAGACCUCUUAUUUGCCAAGCCAAAUAUCUUCUGCCACUUUGCCCAGGGGAUUGGCGAUCCCAAAUACUACCCUGUGACAGACACAGCUCAGCUGAAUAAACUCUUGGUGGACGUCCUGGACAGUUACAACGAAGUGAACGCUGUCAUGAACCUGGUGCUGUUCGAGGACGCCGUGUCCCACAUCUGCAGGAUCAACCGCAUCCUGGAGGGCCCGCGCGGGAACGCCCUGCUGGUGGGCGUGGGUGGCAGCGGGAAGCAGAGCCUCUCCCGCCUGGCCGCCUACAUCAGCGCCCUGGACGUGUUCCAGAUCACGCUCAAGAAGGGCUACGCCAUCCCAGACCUCAAGCUGGACCUGGCCGCACAGUACAUCAAGGCGGCGGUGAAGAACGUGCCCUCAGUGUUCCUCAUGACGGACUCCCAGGUGGCAGAGGAGCAGUUCCUGGUGCUCAUCAACGACCUGCUGGCCUCAGGGGAGAUCCCUGGGCUGUUCGCGGACGACGAGGUGGAGAACAUCAUCUCCUCCAUGCGGCCGCAGGUGAAGUCCAUGGGUGUGGCGGACACACGGGAGGCAUGCUGGAAGUUCUUCAUCGAGAAGGUGCGCAAGCAGCUUAAGGUGAUCCUGUGUUUCUCCCCCGUGGGUUCCAUCCUUCGCGUGCGAGCCAGGAAAUUCCCUGCCGUGGUCAACUGCACGGCCAUCAACUGGUUCCAUGAGUGGCCAGAGGACGCUUUGGUGUCUGUCAGCGCUCGCUUCCUGCAGGAAACAGAGGGUAUCCAGCCAGAGGUGAAGAUCUCCAUCAGCCUCUUCAUGGCCUACGUGCACACCACCGUCAAUGAGAUGUCCAGGGUGUACCUGGCGACCGAGAGGCGCUACAACUACACCACGCCCAAGACCUUCCUGGAGCAGAUCAAACUCUACCAGAACCUGCUGGCCAGGAAGAGGAUGGAGCUGGUUGCCAAGAUCGAGAGGCUGGAGAAUGGCCUGAUGAAGCUGCAGAGCACGGCGUCACAGGUGGACGAUUUAAAGGCCACACUCGCCAUCCAGGAGACUGAGCUCAAGCAGAAGAAUGAGAACGCUGAUAAGCUGAUCCAGGUGGUUGGUGUGGAGACCGAGAAAGUCAGCAAAGAAAAGGCCAUUGCGGACGAGGAAGAGGUCAAGGUUGAGGUCAUCAACAAGAACGUGACUGAGAAACAGAAGGCUUGUGAGACGGACCUGGCCAAGGCCGAGCCAGCCCUGCUGGCUGCCCAGGAGGCCUUGGACACUCUGAAUAAGAACAACCUGACGGAGCUGAAGUCCUUCGGGUCCCCCCCAGACGCCGUGGUCAACGUGACGGCCGCCGUCAUGAUUCUGACCGCGCCAGGCGGCAAGAUUCCCAAGGACAAGAGCUGGAAGGCCGCGAAGCUCAUGAUGGGCAAAGUGGACGCGUUCCUGGACUCCCUGAAGAAGUUUGACAAGGAGCACAUCCCCGAGGCCUGCCUGAAAGCCUUCAAGCCCUACCAAGGCAAUCCCACCUUCGACCCCGAGUUCAUCCGCUCCAAAUCCACGGCUGCAGCCGGCCUGUGCUCCUGGUGCAUCAACAUCGUCCGCUUCUACGAGGUGUACUGCGAUGUGGCGCCCAAGAGGCAGGCCCUGGAGGAGGCCAACGCAGAGCUGGCAGAAGCGCAGGAGAAGCUGUCCCGGAUCAAGAACAAGAUUGCGGAGCUCAACGCCAACCUGAGCAACUUAACAUCAGCAUUCGAAAAAGCAACCGCAGAGAAAAUCAAAUGUCAGCAGGAGGCGGAUGCCACUAACAGGGUUAUCUCCCUGGCCAACAGGCUGGUGGGAGGACUGGCGUCAGAAAACGUCCGCUGGGCGGAGUCGGUGGAGAACUACAAGGUCCAGGGGGUCACGCUGUGCGGGGACGUGCUGCUCAUCUCCGCCUUCGUCUCCUACGUGGGCUACUUCACCAAGAAGUACCGGAACGAGCUGAUGGAAAAAUUCUGGAUCCCUUAUGUCAACAGCUUAAAGGUGCCCAUCCCCAUCACAGCGGGCCUGGACCCCCUGACGCUGCUGACGGACGACGCGGACGUGGCCUCCUGGAACAACCAGGGCCUCCCCAGCGACCGCAUGUCCACGGAGAACGCCACCAUCCUGUGCAACACGGAGCGCUGGCCCCUCAUCGUGGACGCCCAGCUGCAGGGGGUCAAGUGGAUCAAGAACAAAUACGGCAGCUCACUCAAAACCAUCCGCCUGGGGCAGAAGAGGUGCGGUCAGGUACAAGAGGCGAAAAUCACAGAAGCUAAAAUCAACGAGGCGAGGGAGAACUACCGGCCGGCGGCAGAGCGCGCCUCCCUGCUGUACUUCAUCCUCAACGACCUCAACAAGAUCAACCCCAUCUACCAGUUCUCCCUCAAGGCCUUCAACGUGGUGUUCGAGAAAGCCAUCCAGAAGACAGCGCCCUCGGAUGAGGUGAAACAGCGUGUCAUCAACCUGACAGAUGAGAUCACCUACUCCGUGUUCAUAUACACCGCCCGGGGGCUCUUUGAGCGGGACAAGCUCAUCUUUCUGGCCCAAGUGACCUUCCAGGUCCUAUCCAUGAAGAAGGAGCUGAACCCGGUGGAGCUGGACUUCCUGCUCCGCUUCCCCUUCAAGGCGGGGGUGGUCUCUCCGGUGGACUUCCUGCAGCAGCAGAGCUGGGGAGGGAUCAAGGCCCUGUCAGAGAUGGACGAGUUCAAAAACCUGGACAACGACAUCGAAGGGUCCGCCAAGCGGUGGAAGAAGCUGGUGGAGUCGGAGGCCCCCGAGAAGGAGAUCUUCCCCAAGGAGUGGAAAAACAAGACGGCCCUGCAGAAGCUGUGCAUGGUGCGCUGCAUGCGGCCGGACCGCAUGACCUACGCCGUCAAGAACUUUGUGGAGGAAAAGAUGGGCAGUAAGUUUGUGGAAGGCCGGAGCGUGGAGUUUUCCAAGUCCUAUGAGGAGAGCAGCCCCUCCACGCCCAUCUUCUUCAUCCUCUCCCCAGGGGUGGACCCCCUGAAAGACGUGGAGGCCCUGGGGAAGAAACUGGGCUUCACCAUAGACAACGGGAAGCUCCACAAUGUGUCUCUGGGGCAGGGACAGGAGGUGGUGGCCGAGAACGCCCUGGACGUGGCUGCGGAGAACGGGCACUGGGUCAUUCUGCAGAACAUCCACCUGGUGGCCCGGUGGCUGAGCACGCUGGACAAGAAGGUGGAGCGCUACAGCAUAGGCAGCCACGAAGACUACCGUGUGUUCAUCAGCGCCGAGCCCGCCCCCUCCCCCGAGGCUCACAUCAUCCCCCAGGGCAUUCUGGAAAACGCCAUCAAGAUCACCAACGAGCCACCCACUGGCAUGUACGCCAACCUGCACAAGGCCCUGGACCUCUUCACCCAGGACACCCUGGAGAUGUGCACGAAGGAGAUCGAGUUCAAGUGCAUCCUCUUCGCCCUGUGCUACUUUCACGCCGUGGUGGCCGAGAGGCGCAAGUUUGGCGCCCAGGGCUGGAACCGGUCGUACCCCUUCAACAACGGGGACCUCACCAUCUCCAUCAACGUGCUCUACAAUUACCUGGAGGCCAACCCCAAGGUACCCUGGGACGAUCUCCGCUACCUUUUCGGUGAAAUAAUGUACGGCGGCCACAUCACGGAUGACUGGGACCGCCGGCUGUGCAGGACCUACCUGAUGGAGUAUCUGCGGCCUGAGAUGCUGGAGGGUGACGUGAUGCUGGCCCCUGGCUUCCAGACACCCCCAAACCUGGACUACAAGGGUUACCACGAGUACGUCGACGAGAACCUGCCCCCCGAGAGCCCCUAUCUCUACGGUCUGCACCCCAACGCAGAGAUUGGCUUUCUGACAGUCACCUCAGAGAAGCUGUUCCGCACGGUGCUGGAAAUGCAGCCCAAAGAGUCGGACUCAGGAGCUGGCACUGGAGUGUCCCGGGAGGAAAAGGUGAAGGCCGUGCUAGAUGACAUUCUGGAGAAGAUUCCAGAGACAUUCAACAUGGCGGAGAUCAUGGCCAAGGCUGCUGAGAAGACGCCCUAUGUGGUUGUUGCCUUUCAAGAAUGUGAGAGAAUGAACAUUCUCACCAACGAGAUGCGGCGCUCGCUGAAGGAGCUGAACCUGGGGCUGAAGGGGGAACUGACCAUCACGACAGACAUGGAAGACCUGUCCACAGCUCUGUUCUACGACACGGUGCCCGACACGUGGGUGGCCCGGGCCUACCCCUCCAUGAUGGGCCUGGCAGCCUGGUACGCCGACCUGCUGCUCCGCAUCAGGGAGCUCGAGGCCUGGACCACAGACUUCGCCUUGCCCACGACCGUGUGGCUGGCUGGCUUCUUCAACCCGCAGUCGUUCCUCACGGCCAUCAUGCAGUCCAUGGCCAGGAAGAACGAGUGGCCGCUGGACAAGAUGUGUUUGUCUGUGGAGGUGACCAAGAAAAGCAAAGAGGACAUGACCGCACCGCCGCGGGAAGGCGCCUACGUGUACGGCCUCUUCAUGGAAGGAGCUCGCUGGGACACCCAGAUCGGAGUCAUCGCUGAGUCGCGGCUGAAGGAGCUGACGCCAACCAUGCCCGUCAUCUUCAUCAAGGCCAUUCCUGUGGACCGCAUGGAGACCAAGAACAUUUACGAGUGCCCCGUGUACAAGACGCGCAUCCGGGGCCCGACCUACGUCUGGACCUUCAACUUGAAGACUAAAGAGAAGGCGGCCAAGUGGGUGCUGGCGGCGGUGGCAUUGCUGCUGCAGGUGUAGCGGCGGCUGGUUUCGGGGACCAGGCCGCGCCUGACCGCAGCCCAGCCAACAAACUCAGCCAUCAAAGCCCAGCUUUGCAACUCUUAUUUAUUUUACAGGAACUGAGAACUGUAUUGUCUCUUAUAUAAAUAAUCAAGGUUCUUUGUCACCAAGAACACAAGGUGGGGGGCUGGUGUGGAUAAAAGAUCCGAGGUCACUUAUCCAUGUCUACCUGAUUCUGUUCAGUGCCCACAGAUGCCCAGGGUUUGACAUGACGGGGGGAGGGGGGAGGCACCCUAGGGCCAGGGCAGGGCAGCUCUAUCUUCAACACAAGCAGCCUUUGAGGGUUAGUUAGCAUGGCUUCACGCUGCACUGGCCACCGGGAGCCUGCGUACUCUGCACCAAGCAGGAAGUGUGCUGGGCAUCCAGGCCCCAGCAUUCCUCUCCUGAGGACC